UAUAACCCAGUAACAAAACGAGUGAAAAUCAAAGUGAAAAAUAACGCUAAAGUGAUUUUACAUGAUGGGUUAGCACAAAUGUUAGGUUUUGAACCUAUGGAAAUUACAUCUACAGAUGAUAGUUCCGAAACUGUUGUAGAAAGUCCUUUUGCAGCCGACCCCUGUGCACAUUAUCGUGUAUUAAUGAUAUAUACGGAUAUUGUAGAACCUCAAAUCGUAGGAGAUGUUUUAGCUCCUCUUCUUCGAAUUGUAAGAGUAACUGGUAGCGAUGGAGAAGUGGUGAGUGCACUAUUUGAUAGACCUCAUUAUUUACCUGUGAAUCGGAAAAUGAUAGACACUUUGGAAAUCGAUAUAAGAACGCAUAUGGGAGCAUUUACGCCAUUUGAACGAGGAAGGUCAUACGUGAAACUUCAUUGUUAAAUGAUGUAUCACAAGGACAAGAUGUAAAAGAGGCUGCUAAGCGUCGACUGAAAGAAGCCGGAAA